UUGCACAUCUUUCCAUAGAAACGGAAGUUAACGUUAAAUCUUCUUCCUUGGUAACCCGAAGCUACUCCAUAAUAUUUACAAUAGUAUCGUUUUAGUUCGUUUUUAUGCACGGCUUAUAUAUAAUCACAUACAAUACAAGUACUAAAUGAGCAUUAGCCAGCCGGAGUUUGCGCUAACCAGCGGGGUGCACUAUAGCAUUAGCAGCCAGCUAGUGUAACUUCUGGUGUAAAUACUAAUAAUAUUCACACUGGUGGGUUUCUUAUGAUGUGAGGACAUGUCGUCCCCUUGUUGGCGCCGUUCACUCCAUAUAUUUAUGCUAGUAUGUCUUCGCUUGACAAACGCGGCAACAGAGUCCAGGCCGACUACAGAACAGACUCCUAGCGGCACCCCGACGACAGAUGGUGGGACGUUUAAUCAGACAUCCCCUGCUCCAUGGGGUCCCACGACCCCGGCUCCGCUGGGUCUGACGACGAAAGACCAGAGCGGAUUCGACCCUACAAGCAGCAGUACCACCGAAGGGACUAACGGCGACUCCAACUUUACUGCGACCACCAACCGGACUGACUCUGAGGCUCUGGUCACUGUGCAGACCCCCACAGAGCCCACCUCCCCAACCAGCGUGCCCGUGGUGCUACCAGACGUGUGCCUCUGUGAUCUCAGCCCAGAACUGUGUGAUAUCGGCUGCUGCUGUGACGUGCUUGACUGUGGUGUCUCUGAUCUAAACUCCGUGUUCAGUGGAUGCCCCAAGAAAACAAGGUCCGGGGCAUGUGUGGAGGACUGGCUGAUGUUCCGCUCCAACGUGGAUCCGGCGCUGGUCACUCGGAUCGAUGGCCUGUUCUGUGUCCGCCCUCCAGACAAUGGAACGAUCCGCUCAGCUCCAUCUCUGGCUGCAGUCCCAGUGCUGGGAGACUCCUACCGGUUCUCGGGGCCCGAGCCUCUAGCCACCAAGCCCCACGUCAGGCCCUUCUACAGGGUUGAUGAUGUCAUCCAGACGUAUUACUCCACAUUGUCACUACGGGGUCUCCUCCGCCAGCCCUCUCCAGGGGCAGGAAGCGCUUUCUGUGUGGACAGGAAUCCAGCAAAGUUCCUGAGGUCCUCAGUGGUCUCCUGCACACGUGUGGUCUCUGCGAGCUCCUGCAGUACCGACCCGGCCCUGCGAGCCUCCUCCUACUACUCUGAUCUGAAGCUGCUCAGGCUCCCAGUGGCAGAGUCUGAGCAGCUGGUCGACAUGUUGGUCCCAGUGACCCCGUGGUCGUCAUGGCCGGCGCCCAGCAGCCUCAACCAAUCCUGUCUCAACGUGGUGUCAAGGGUGGAGCUGGUGGUGGGCUUCACAGAGAGAGGGGAGCUGACAUACGCUUCGCUGUCGGUGGUCUUGGCUGACGUUGGGGUGGACCGGUUUCUGUCCCAGACCCACUCCCUGCGCUUCGAGCUAGCCACGCCCCGCCCCACCCCGGCAGGACCAAUCCCUGCCGUCGGCCUUCCGAUGGCCUCGCCUGUGAUUGGUCGUUUUAAAGAUUCGGUGGAGCCAAUCACAGUGCUGGGCGUCUCCGAGGGAGGAGAGUGUUCCACUGACUACAGCAGUCGCUCCCCUGUCCUCUUCCCUCGCAACACCAUCACCGGCUGCUUCUUCAGCUCUGGGUCUGGGGUCUGCUCUGAGCUCAGGUCCCAGCUCUACCAGGUCCUUCAGGGUGAGGUCUCUCCAGAACUGCUGGCCAUGAACUGGGGUCCGGAACCAGCCUGGACCAGGGUCCUUCUCCAGGACUGCCUCCCCGCCAACCCCGAGGAGAGCUGUGAGACAGGCUGCACUCUGCCGCGUUCCCUCUCCAUCAAGGUUUUGUGGGCGCGGCUUGGCUGGACAGACCUGCCCCAAAACCACAUCCUGGGAGCCAAGUAUACGUUCCAGUGUGUGACGGUCAAGUGUUCCUCGUCCUUCUCUCUGACCCUGAGCUCUGAGGUGCGCUUCGCCGACACCACCGCGUACCCCCCAGCCCCCCGGGCCCGACCCCAGCCCACCUGGAGGCUACCGUUCGGCUUCUUCAGCCGCGGAGCGGACGAGCUGGACGGCCACACUGCGUUUGACGGAGGAGCUUGGGGCGUGGUCAGACCCUGCUCCACCCUGACACUGGUCCUGAUGACCACCGUGCUCUUAGUGGGGUAGAGGUCUCCGCCCGCGGACCCCCACGGACUAGUUGACCCCUUUUAUGUUUUGACUGGAUGGGAGUGGGCCAGAGGUCGUAUUCAUUUGUCACAAUGGAGAAUUUCCAAGGAUUUUUUUACAAGUUAAAAAAAACAGCAUCAUUUAUUUUUGUACAUUUUGUAGGAUAAAAAUGUUUGAGUGUUAUAUUGUCUUUGUUGUGCUAGAGCGAGGUUAGGUUAGGACACAGCUCCGGCUCUCUCUCCCCCCUCACUAGGCUCCGGUCCAGAGGGUUUCUUAUGGGCUCUGGAGUGCUGGUUGUGGAUGAUCUUCUUCUGGUUGUUGUUCUUCUGCGUGACGAAGUUGAGCAGAUGGACGAUGGCUGCCGGCGUCAUCCCGGGAAGACGCGUCGCGGCACCGAGCUGAAGGGAAAAAUAGGAUGUGUUACUGAUGCCAAUCAAUACGAGAGCCUCCCACCCACCAUGAUGUCAUCAAUAGGAGACAAACCAACUGGGAAUGAGCAAGACACAAGUCAUUUUAGGUAAAGGCUUGGGAAAAAAACGGAUCUGAAUGAAUGUCUCCUGCCUAAGUUAUGAUAUAACUGAACAUAAUAGGGAAAAUAAACUAUUAAAAAUACAAUACUGACAGUU